CGCGUAUAUUAACCACCACCACCGGCAAAAGACACCCCACAAAGAAAGAUCAAACCUUUCCUUCCAAAACAUCUCUCUGCCGAGAACCAAAAUUGAAUUUAACCCUAAAAACAAAACACAAAAGUCUUCACCUUUAAGCAAAAGAGAUCAAGCCACUGAGAGUGGUGUAGAGACAUAACCAACCACGAUCUGCGGUUUCACUCCCAUUUGAUCAGACCUCGACAUUGCUGUGUUCUGUGUUUCGCAGUUCCAAACGCUAUACAAAUUAAAAAAAAAAAACAGAGAGGUUAGUUAAGGUAAUAAAAUAAUGGAGCGGUACGGUCGCGCCGGAGAAGAAGGGUCGCGAUCGGAUCCAUCACUUGAAACCGGUAUAGAAGGUUCGAUGUGGCGGUUAGAGUUGCAAGGCGGUGGAGGAGGUGAAUCGUACCCGGAGAGACCUGAUGAGCCUGAUUGUGUGUAUUACUUACGAACCGGUGUUUGCGGGUACGGUUCUAGAUGUCGGUUCAAUCACCCACAUGCACCGGUUUUGGGAGGUCUCAGAACAGAAGCUGUAGAGUUUCCAGAGAGAAUAGGACAGCCCGUGUGCCAGUAUUUUAUGAGAACGGGAACAUGUAGAUUCGGUGCUUCUUGUAAGUAUCAUCAUCCUAGACAAGGAGAUUCUGUUACUGCUCCUGCCUCAUUAAGUUACAUGGGAUUACCAUUACGUCCGGGCAAGAGAGAAUGCUCAUACUACAUGAGAACCGGUCAGUGUAAAUUCGGUUCCACCUGUCGAUUUCACCAUCCUCUUCCUCCUACUGAACAAGCUCCAUCACUUCAGCAGCAGCAUCAGCAGUUGUCAACUAUAUAUCCAUCGUUUCAGUCUCAAGCAAGACCUCAGGGGUUUUUACCAGGCUCAUAUGUUCAAAGUCCUUACGGUACUUACAGCCAAAUGGUUCUUCCUCCUCAUCCUCCUCCUCCUGGUAUGGUUCCAUACUCUGGCUGGAACCCUUACCAGGCUUCUGUGAGUGCAAUGCCUUCUCCUGGGACUCAACUGUCUAUAAGAGCAAGCUCUUCAAAUAAGGAACAAUCUUUUCCUCAGCGACCUGGACAACCAGAGUGUCAAUACUUUAUGAGAACCGGAGAUUGUAAGUUCGGAAACUCAUGUAGAUUCCAUCAUCCUCUAGAAGCAGCGUCUCCCAAGGGAGUUGCCCUCAGCCAUAUUGGCCUCCCACUUCGUCCUGGAACAGCGCCAUGCAGCCACUUUGCGCAACAUGGGGUUUGCAAGUUUGGACCUGGCUGCAAAUUUGACCACUCCAUGGGCUCUGCUUCACUAAGCUAUAGCCCAUCAGCUUCUUCCCUCACUGACAUGCCCGUGCCUUACCCUCUUGGAUCCUCAUCGCUCCUCACAUUAGCUCCAUCAUCAUCAGCAUCAUCCACGUCUGACCAACGCACAGAGCUUCACUCUUCGAGCUCCAUAAAACCCAAAACAACAACAAGAGGUGGUUCAGAAACUUUGGCUUCUUCUGUGACUAGUAAUGUAAGCCACUCAGAGUCUUGCUGAGACCAAAAAUGGUGACUCGGGUAGCAUUGAGGUUAAGACUUCAAGUUAAAGAGACAAAAACUCAAAGGAGAGAAGAGAAUCUCUCUCUCUCUCUCUCUC